AUGUCUGAUUAUUUGCCAAAUGAAAUUGUGGACAUGAUUAAGAUUAUUGGAGAAGCUAGGAGUAAUUAUUCUCUAGCCGAGCGUCUAUACGCCCAGAAAUUUCCAAAUAGGCGACACCCUGAUAGGAGGACAAUGCAAAGACUUUGCACAAGAGCCGAGCAAGGUAUUUUAAAACGAGUGCGUAAAAAAACAGGUCCUGCUGAAAGAAAGUCGGUAACAGUUUUGGCUGCUGCAACUGUAAAUCCUCAAAUUUCUACGAGACAAAUUGAAAAAGACCACGGUAUACCGAAGUCAACGGCGAACCAAAUUUUCAAAUCGAACAAAUUUCACCCUUAUCAUAUCCAUAUGACACAGAAAUUGGAAGAGGGUGAUUUUCCACGUCGUCUAGGAUUCUGCAACUGGAUGCAAGGUCAGAUAGAUGCAAAUCCUGCAUUUGAUGAACAGGUUCUAUUCAGCGAUGAAGCCACAUUUACAAACAGAGGUGACGUUAAUAGACAUAAGUGUCACUAUUAUUCUGAUAUCAAUCCUCAUUGGAAACGAAAUAGAGAAUUUCAACGACAAUGGUCUAUUAACGUCUGGGCCGGUAUUGUAGGUGACUACAUUGUAGGGCCAUUUUUCUUCGAAGAGCAUUUAAAUGGAGCUAAUUAUUUAAAUUUCCUACAAAAUGAAUUGCCACUCCUUUUAAGGUAUGUACCGGGCAAUACAUGUCGAAGAAUGUGGUUUCAGCAGGAUGGGGCACCCGCUCAUCGAUCAAGACUAGUUAAAGAGUACUUAAAUGAGCAAUUUCCGAACAGGUGGAUUGGCUUGGGCAGUCAUAUUCAGAUUUGGCCUCCACGAUCACCAGACUUGACACCGUUAGACUUUUUUCUUUGGGGUUACCUAAAGGAGAAGGUCUAUGCAACAGAACCGACAACGGUAGAGGAUAUGAAAGUCAGGAUACGAAGAGCAUGCCAGGAUAUUACACCGGACAUUCUUCGAAGUGUGAGAGAGUCGUUCAGCAAUAGAAUUAACCAGUGCAUUCAGGUUAAUGGAGCGGCAUUUGAACAUUUCAAAUAG